GCUCAAGAAGCCCACCGAUCCGGUCCUCUUAAGCAGGAGAACAAGCGGCACAAGUUUGGCAGACAUCGCACCAAUCGGUCCAUCAAUUCUUCGGCGAAGGGCCGCAAAGAGGAUGCGAAGAGUGGCUCAAAGAAGUCCAAAGAGUCGCUGCGAAGACACGAACGCCGGAAUCAAUCGAAACAAAUCAGACAAAACCAUCGCGAAGAGACUCUGGCGGCCAAACGGGGCAUCACUGCCAGCGGUAGCGAUAACACCACUGAAGACGACAAUCACCCGCUUUUGGACGCCAUUUACAGUCACUUCUUGCCGACUACUGUUCAUGUGAUCAAUGGAUUGAAUGGUAUGAGUCUUAAGAAGAAAAACGAUUGCAAGAAAUGUAUUCAAAAAUAUAUUGACAAUAAGUUUGCGGACGAAAAGCUGAGAUCAGUUGACCAGACAUCGGACGCAACACAACUGAUCCAUUAUAUGUCAAACUGUAAACGAAAUGUCAACUCUUAUCGGUCGCAUCGAAGCCAACUGUUGGCCGAAAGCGUUGAGUUCACCGAAAACAGCGCGGACUCCGAUUUGGGUACUCUUAAAGUGUACGGAUAUGUCCGCAAUCGAGCUCUGGAUGUGAACUCUUUGGUUCAUAUUCCUGGUUAUGGAGACUAUCAGAUGAGCGCCAUUGAGGUGUUAACUGAUCCGAAUCCGUUGUUAACAUUGAGAGCAUCGAAAAAGUCGAGUGAUUUGAUGGCCGUCGACGCCAAGAGUGACGUGAAGUUUGUGUUGAGAACAGACCCAACACUUCAGCAAUCGCUGGACUCCGAGAAUAUUCCGGAUCCGAUGGAAGGCGAACAGACGUGGCCUACAGAAGAGGAAUUGAUGGCCGCCGAAGAUAAUCGAAAACAAGUGAAAAAAGUACCGAAAGGCACGUCUGACUAUCAGGCCGUUUGGAUUGUCGACAACUCAGAUCCAGAAGACGCAGAGGAGGGCGACGACGACUCCGAUGAAGACAACGAAUCAGACGAAGAGGUUAUGGAAGCGAAACAAGAGUCAGAGUCUGAAGGGAGUGAUGCCGAAGAGGAGGACGAGAUGGAGACAAUGUCUGUCACCACUAAUAACGAAGUGAAUUACGACGAGAAGAUGGAUAUGAGUGAAGAGAAGACAAUGUACCAGAAGUUCAAAGACCAGCGACAGGACGAGAUGUUUCCCGACGAAACCAAUUACUCCGAUUUGGGUACUCUUAAAGUGUACGGAUAUGUCCGCAAUCGAGCUCUGGAUGUGAACUCUUUGGUUCAUAUUCCUGGUUAUGGAGACUAUCAGAUGAGCGCCAUUGAGGUGUUAACUGAUCCAAACCCGUUGUUAACAUUGAGAGCGUCGAAAAAGUCGAGUGAUUUGAUGGCCGUCGACGCCAAGAGUGACGUGAAGUUUGUGUUGAGAACAGACCCAACACUACAGCAAUCGCUGGACUCCGAGAAUAUUCCGGAUCCGAUGGAAGGCGAACAGACGUGGCCUACAGAAGAGGAAUUGAUGGCCGCCGAAGAUAAUCGAAAACAAGUGAAAAAAGUCCCGAAAGGCACGUCUGACUAUCAGGCCGUUUGGAUUGUCGACAACUCAGAUCCAGAAGACGCAGAGGAGGGCGACGACGACUCCGAUGAAGACAACGAAUCAGACGAAGAGGUAAUGGAACCGAAACAAGAGUCAGAGUCUGAAGGGAGUGAUGCCGAAGAGGAGGACGAGAUGGAGACAAUGUCUGUCACUACUAAUAACGAAGUGAAUUACGACGAGAAGAUGGAUAUGAGUGAAGAGAAGACAAUGUACCAGAAGUUCAAAGACCAGCGACAGGACGAGAUGUUUCCCGACGAAGUGGACACACCUAUAGACCAAUNUGUCACCACUAAUAACGAAGUGAAUUACGACGAGAAGAUGGAUAUGAGUGAAGAGAAGACAAUGUACCAGAAGUUCAAAGACCAGCGACAGGACGAGAUGUUUCCCGACGAAGUGGACACACCUAUAGACCAAUCAGCGAGAGUGAGGUUCGCUCGCUAUCGAGGACUGAAGAGUUUCCGGACGUCUCCGUGGGAUGUGAACGAGAAUCUGCCGAAAGACUAUUCGAGAAUAUUUCAAUUCGAGAACUUCUGGCGAACGAAGAGACGUGUGUUCGGCGCCGACGAGACGGCCGGCGCUCAGAGCGGUUGGUAUGUCUGCGUUCACGUCACUAAUUGUCCCCGAAUUGUGUACCAAUCGUACGCCGACAUGCAGUCGACGCUUAUUCUAUACGGCCUGUUAGAACACGAGCACCAGAUGUCUGCCAUGAAUUUGGUCAUCAAAAAGGUGUCGUCAUUUGAGGAACCGAUCAAAUCUAAAGAGACGCUUGUGUUUCACGUGGGCUGUCGUCGGUUCACAGCGGCGCCGGUCUUCUCGACCCACACUAACGGUGAUAAACACAAGUUAGAGAGAUAUAUGCGAAGCGAUGGACCAGUUGUGGCCACUCUAUACGCUCCCAUCACUUUCCCCCCGACAUCAGUGCUCGUCUAUAAGCAGUACGAAGACGGCGUACAACGAUUGGUGGCCACGGGUUCGCUCUUGAGCUGCAAUCCCGGCCGAGUUGUCGUCAAACGGAUUGUGUUGAGCGGACAUCCGUUUAAGAUUAACCGCAAACACGCGGUCGUGCGCUAUAUGUUCUUCAAUCGGGAGGACAUCCAGUGGUUUAAACCAAUAGAAAUGCGCACAAAAUACGGCCGCAAAGGACACAUUCGGGAACCGUUGGGAACUCACGGACACAUGAAGUGUGUGUUUGAUCGACAGCUCAAUUCUCAGGACACAGUCCUUAUGAAUCUGUAUAAACGAGUUUUUCCCAAAUGGACUUACGAUCCGCUUCUCAACAGCAGACCCGUUGCCAUCACUAACACUACCAUCGAUUCAGACACUAAAGAAGAUGAUAUGAAU